AUGGAAGGUGUUGGGUUAGGACUUGGUGCUGUAUCAUUGCUCUUUCAAGUGUUUUCAGGAUGCAUCAAAGGAUACCAGCUUCUCUCUGAAGCCAAGGGCCUCAAGGAGGAGCACCAGUUUUUUCGCAUCCGCUUCAAAACAGAGCAGUACCGACUCCUUGACUGGGCCACCAUCGCCCAACUCACUGCAACCGAUGAGGCCCUGGCUAUUAGCACCGCGAGCAAGCCGAUUUUGCUGGAUGUGCUUGACCAACAGCACAGACUGAUGCUCAGGUUUGGCCGGCUGGAUGACCGUCUCCGACCGCUCACGAAUCCUCUCCUCAGCGAAGAACAGCAUUCUGGCGUCUCCGAGGAUCAUCUUUUGGGCGACAUCGAUUCCGUGCAGAGCCGAUUCCCGCACACAAACGCGCUACUCCAAAAAUCCCUCGCCUUUGUUCACAGCACCAGCAAAUACCCGACGAAAUUGAAAUGGGUCAUCUCCGAUAAAGCUAAGAUCGAGGAAAUACUCGCCAGGUUGACGUCAUUAAAUAAUUAUCUCGACCAACUGCUCAACAAUCACCAACUUCAGAGUUUGAGUACACAACAAAUGAGGACCAACUAUCAGAUCAUGCAGCUCAAUGACAAGGUAGAGCAUCUCACUGAGUUUGUCAAGGCCGGUCUUUUCAACCUCCCAGCUGCCGCUCCAAUACAGUUCCAACUGGUUUCAUCAUACCCCCAUCCGGGCGAAGCUGGACCCAGGCGGGAUACUGGCCUCGUCAAUCUUGCCCAAUUCAAAGCUCUCAUGUCUGCCAUCGAAACAGUGUCCCUCACCGAUGACUUCAAAUCAGAAUUGAGUCUAGGCGAGUCGACAAAAAGACAUGAACCAUUGGAAAUUCCAUCAGAGCAGAUCAUGCUUGAGGAAACAACGUCAGUGUCGACAAACCGGGUAUCAGCAUGGUAUAACAACCCUCUCGCAUCUUGUUUCCAAGUCUGGAUAGAAUGGGAGAGCGAGCAACCUGGCUUCCCCCAAAAAGCGAAUGACAUUAAGCACCAUCUCACACUUAGUCGAUUCGAAGCCCUAGUCGAGCUCCUCCGUCAAGAUAGAGCUGUGGCACAAUUCAGAACCAUGCGUUGCUUGGGCUACUACGUCCAGGAGCAGAGCGCAACCAAGCCCCGGUACGGUUUCAUUUUUCAGAACCCGGCUGGCAUUGAUCCAGACCAGACACCCACGUCGUUGAUUGAGUUGAUGGCGGCAAAGGGUAUUCCAAGCCUGAGUGCUCGUGUGAGACUGAUGAGGACUCUGGCGGAGUGUCUUGAGAAGCUACACGCCGUAAACUGGCUGCACAAAGGCCUCCGAGGCCAAAGCGUCGUAUUCUUCCGGGAAUCUUCUGGAAACGUGGAUUUGGCAAAGCCAUAUCUAUCCGGUUUUGACUAUUCCCGCCCUAAGGGCUCGGAAUACAAGCCGGUGAGUUUGCCGGCCGCUGUAGCGGAAGACUUAUAUCGACAUCCAGCAGUGAAGGGGGUGCCGAGGGUGGAUGCGAACGGGGUUGGGUUCAAGAAGCAGCACGACAUUUACGCGCUUGGGGUUCUGUUUCUAGAGAUUGUGUACUGGCAACCAAUUUACGCCAUUCUUGGGUUUGAUAGUGCGCAGGUUGUGUCGCCCGAACAAAUUGCAGGGGUGAGGAUGAGGUUGCUCGAGGGAGGGUAUGAGCCACUGAUUCGGAAGGUCAUGGGUGAUACUGUCACGGAUAUUAUCAUGGCUUGUUUAAAUGGGCCUGCUGCGUUUGGAGUCAUGGAGAAUGCGAAAGGCGGAGAUGCUGAGUCUGUUGCUGCGCUGAAGUUGCAGGAGAGGUUUUUUGAAGUCACUGUGAAGAAGCUGCGAACUUUGGCUCAGGAGGUUUGUGACCAUGCCAAGCCACCACAACAGCGCCCUUGCUACCGCGUGGCCCCAGGUUCAUGCACACUUAUCAAGCCUUCACCAUAG